AUGUCCGGCGAAGGCUCACAGGCGAGGAGCAGCAGGCACCACAAAAGCGAGCAUAGUAAGAGCCGACAUAGCAAAAGCCAUCACAGCAAGAGUCAUGGCAACAGAAGUAGGAGGAGCCGCCAUAGUGCUAAUGACAGAUAUCGUCCUCAGAAACCACCUUCGUUUCUUAUGCUUCUAUGUUGCGCUGAUUCUUGGCCUCGCCAUAGGAAGAUGUCCAGUGGGAAGUCGAGAUCGCACGGGCAUAAGCACAAGCAUAAGCACAAGCAUAAGCAUAGGAGUUCAAAAAAGCGUUCUCACGGAGUGACUGGAUCACAGGUGGCACAUUGGGUUGAGUCAGUGCCAACAGAUGCACCACCAGUAGAUGAGGCGCCGACUGAGGCGCCACCGGCCGAAGAGUCACCAGCUGAGGAACCGCCAGCUCAACCUACAGAAGAAAGGUCACCAUCGCCUGUAAAGCCACCUUCAACUAAAUCUCACCAAAAGGAAUAA